GUCACAACCGCCUCAGUCCACCUCCUGUACUUCACUGUGAGGUUUGAAAGAUGGUUAUUGGCAUCAAAAUGAAGACACUGUGUCUGAUUCUACUUUUUCACGGCAGCCUGCAGCUCCAGUGUAACAAAAAGCAGAUCACAGCUCACAUAGGAGGGGAUUUCAUUAUUUCCUGCGAGUACGAUGCAACCCAUUACUUGUUUAGUAAAAAGUACUGGUGCCGAGGGGAGUCCAGAGGAACCUGUGUGAUUCUGCUGGAUUCAGAAGGCCGAGCUAAAACAGAACGUACACACAGGUCUCUCAUUGUGGAUGCUGGAAGAAAAGGGCUGUUUGUGAAAGUCACAAAACUCCAAUUUGACGACGCUGGAGUGUACUGGGUUGGGAUUGACAAAAUGAAUGCUGACGUCAUGUUUUCAGUUAAAGUGGUUGUCACUGAAGUUCCCGUAUCUAAACCCAGACUUUGGCCCCUGAGCCCUCUGCUGAACAGGCCUACGUGUUGGGGCCAGCCGGUGACGGUGCGCUGUGGUUGCAAACAGGGCACCGCCAUCCGCUACACUUGGUUCCACAAGAAGGCUGUGCUUCAGCUCUCACAGGACUUAAGGCUGCACUGUGGCUCAGUGAAAAAGGACAGCGGUGACUAUUACUGUAUCGCCAGCAAUGAGGUCAGCAGUCAAAGAAGUGAUGGCCUCUCUGUGCAGGUCGUCGUGCCUGCAGACAGCGACUGCAUCUAUGUCAUUAACAUGCAAGGCCAACCUGUUUACGACUGUGCAGACAGAAUGACAACGACCACCAUCUCAACCACAACUCCGGCCCCAACUCCAACCACAAAUCCACCUUCGACUCCAUUAUUGACCUCCACCACCUGCCAACCUAUCACGAAAAUCCACUUUGAGGCCACAAACCAGUCUUUACCUUUCAAUCAGACUGAACAAAAGUGGUUUCUCUGCAGGGCACUCAUGGGUUUUCCAUUGUGGUAUACUCUGCUGCGUUGGAUUAUUUUUGCAUCCUUGCUGGUAUUUCUGCACAUAUUUUAUGUGUGUAUAACACUGAGACAAACAAAGGCCAAGAGGAAGAGGCGGGUUCGUAUCAAACAUUUGGCUCAGUGACCUUUAUCCCAGCAGUGGCGUUUCUUUGGAAGUCAUAUCAGCUCGGGAGGACUCGGUUUCCUGGUGUCACGAGGUUCUUUGAUAACUCUUGAUUACCUGAUUACCUGUGAGCAUGUUUAACAGAAUGUCUCAAUGCUACAUCGAUGUUUCUGCAUUAUCAACAAUUAUAUAAAGAGGUAAUUUAAGACACUUUCCAUUUAGUGUAUUUUAACAGGUGUAAAAAGUGGAAUGAGCUGUCACCCAUAUCGUGGCUCAAAUAAUACUAUAUGUUUGAUUCUAUAAGCUGUUUUUUUUCUAUAUAAACAUAUGAAUUAACUCGUCUUCUUGGAACAUGUACAGUAAUAACCAUGACUAAUUUUUAAAGUGGAAAUGAGGCGUCCCUCUGCGAUACUCUGUUGGCAUUUCCCAAAGUGUUAGUCAAGCAAACACUCUUUGUAUUUUCUAUUCUUUUAUUUUAUUUCAUUUUACCCCAAAACAAGAAUGAUAGCGUAGACAGCAAGAUAAUGUUAAUAACAGUAACAUAUCUGUUUUUUUAAAACAUCAUACUGAUAGUCUCCUAUCCCGAGCACAGUGUACAGACAUAUCCGGAUGUAAUUACAUCCUUCUUCUAGUGUUUAUUGGUACAUUCUUGAGUUCUCUGUGUGUCUUCAGUGUUUCUUGUCUUGUGUUUCUUCCUGCCUCUCCGUGUGUGUCCUCAUUGUCUUCACCUCUUGUUAUCAGUCUAUGUCAGAUUUUAAAACUGUCCAAAAAAAUGAAUCGCCGACUUGAUGGAAGCACGUCAAACUGGGAGUGCAGAGGGGUUUCAGAUUUCCAGUGGUAUAAUAUGAACUUUUUUGCUGCAGUCAUAGCCAGUAGAAUACCUUCCUUUUUCAUGGCCGUCAAAUAUGUUGAGCAUCGCCCAAAUCGGCAAUGCAAGGAUCUUUAAGAAAAUAUUUUAGAUAGUUGGUCAAUUAUAAAAUUCCAAUAAAUAUUCAGUCAUUAUAUCAUCUGUUUAAUUGUUUCACCUAGGUCAGCAGGAAGAUGUCUCAUGGCUGAAUUUAAGAAGCCUGUGUGGAGUGUAAUAUAUGAAAGAUGUUACAUUGGAUAAAUCUGUGUUUUGUAUUAGUUAAGUAGGGACUGCGAUCCGUGCAUUGUAUUCAUACUGAAUGUUUUUUCCCCCAUUUAGCCUUAAGUUGGACCAUCCUAUCAUCUGUCUGUUCAUUAUUUAGUUGUGCGUAUCAUUUAGAUAUGAGGCCCUUCUGGGUUUUGGUGUGAAACAUUUUCUCUUACGCAGUGAACAGCUCAUGCAAUUCAACAUUAUGAAACAGGAAGGCAUUUUUCUAGCCGGAAAAGACAAACCCACAGAUCCCCACCGCAGAUCAACAAUCUCCAUCAAACCUACAGAAGCUGAAGAGGAAGUAAUGUAGAGUCCGAAGAGAGUGUGGAAUAUUUCAUGAGUGAUGCAGGGCCAUGUGAGUGAUACAAGGAUCAGUCCUACAGAACUGUAAAUGCCCCACCUUUACUUUUGGAAACUUAUCGCUCAAAACAAACAGUGACUCAAUGGUGACGUGUUUUAUACCAUGGAAAUAUGUUGUCAAGUUUCGUAUGAUAAAUCAAAUCCAGGGUUGGAGAGGGUAAUACAGAAUUAAAUAUCUGUAAGUAACAACCCUCUCUCAUCACAAGAAGUGAUUUGAUAAAAUUCUUGGGUUUCUAAAUAAGCUGUAAACAUUGUUGUCAGUACACUUAUAUGGACUGUUGGUCUUUCUGUGUCUUAUCUUACUCACGUCCCUCAUGAUGAUAUCAAUGGUAGUUAUGUUUAAUAUGUUUGUAUUGAUGUCUUCUUUAUACUGUUUUUAUUUUGUGUAUUUCCUGUAUGGCGACUGCUGCAAACCAAAUUACCCCCUCGGGGUCA